CCCGGCGCUCUCCUGGAGGCGCGCCCGAGCCGCCGCGGCCGCCGCCAACAUGGCCGAGACGAGCGAGGAGGUGGCCGUGCUGGUGCAGCGGGUGGUGAAGGACAUCACCAACGCCUUCAGGAGGAAUCCGCACAUAAAAGAGCUCAUCCUCUCUGGCACUUUACAUCCAGUUAAGGACUUACAUCUGGGAAAACUGGCCUUAACUAAAUUUCCAAAGAGUCCAGAAACAUGGAUUCACAGGCGAUGGGUGCUACAACAGCUAAUUCAGGAAACCUCCUUGCCUGCCUUUGUGACGAAAGGAAACCCAGCAGCACUUCCUGCGGAGAGGACACAGAGACUGAUCCGAGAAGAGAUGGAGGUCUGUGGUGAAGCGGCGGGGAGAUACCCGAGCAACUACAACGCCUGGUCCCAUCGCAUCUGGGUUCUCCAGCACGUGGCGAAGCUGGACGUCAGGAUUCUUCUUGAUGAACUGUCUUCUACUAAACACUGGGCAUCCAUGCAUGUUUCAGACCACAGUGGAUUUCACUACCGCCAGUUUCUGUUAAAGUCUUUGAUUAGCCAAACUGUGAUAGAUGGUUCUGUAUUGGAGCAAAACCCUUUGAGAAGUGAGCCAGCUCUAGUUCUUCCAAAAGAUGAAGCAGCAGCUUCAACAGAGGAAGCAAGGAUAAAUCUUCCCCGUCUUCUAGAAGAAGAAGUUGAAUUCAGCACUGAUCUUAUUGAUUCCUACCCAGGACAUGAAACCCUUUGGUGUCACAGGCGGCACGUUUUCUACCUUCAGCAUCACUUAAGUGGUAGGUUUCCUCACAGCGUGACCCAGUUGUCACCUGUAGACAGCCCUGGGGGGACUUUGAGUGACUUGCACCUCAUCCCAGCAGGCCCACACGUGUCUCAGGCCAUGGAGGUGGACGGGCUGAAUGACUGUAGCAAGCAAGGCUAUUCCCAGGAAACCAAACGCCUGAAGCGGACCCCAGCUCCAGACUCCCGGGGCCUGGAAAUGGAGCAUAGGUUCAUCGAUCAAGUAUUGUCCACCUGCCGGAACGUAGAGCAGGCCAGGUUUGCCAAUGCAUACAGGAAAUGGCUGGUUACGUUGAGUCAAUGA